UCCCCUCCUCUCGUCAUUGUCCGUAAUAGACGACGCGGCGGUAGCAAGCAGCAACGUGCAGCGGCGGCGGCAGCAAGUAGCUCGUUCUCUUUAUAAACCCCGCUGUAUUGCCCGGAUGUGAAUGGAUUACAAUGUAUCUUUCAGGGAAACAUAUUAUUACCAAUGUCUCCAUGGGGGAGUCAAUGAUGAUGAUGAGGAGCGAUCUGUAAACUUGGGACAAGUUUAAGACUUUAAAAAAAAAAAUAACCGAGGAAGGACAGAGGGAACACAUCCCACGACCACCACCAAGAUUUGUAUUAGUUUGUGAAUAACCAUGUGUUUAUAAACACAAAAGAGGGAAAAGUUACUUGGAUUUUUUUGGCUGGCUUUUAUUUUUGUUCUGUUUGGGUGGGAAGAUUUUGUGACACUUGUUUCGUGGUGGUGAAUCCAAAAAACAAAAACAAAGCCAGGUGUAGAGUUCGUUUAAAUCGCUGAAUAACCCUGGACCAGGACUGAGAACCAGUUAAAGUACUUUUUUUUGCUUUGUUUUUGUUUUUGUUUUGGGUGGGGGGCUCAAACCUAUGUGAGCUAAUAAAGCACUUUCGCAGAAGAUUUCUCUCUUUAAAAUAGAUAUAUAUUUCCUUGGACUAUUGUGAACAUAUCUGUGGCCAUUAAGGUUUGUGUGAUUUUGCUAAAAUGCAUCACCAACAGCGAAUGGCUGCCUUAGGGACGGACAAAGAACUGAGUGAUUUACUGGAUUUCAGUGCGAUGUUUUCACCUCCUGUGAGCAGUGGGAAAAAUGGACCAACUUCUUUGGCAAGUGGACAUUUUACUGGCUCAAAUGUAGAAGACAGAACUAGCUCAGGGUCCUGGGGGAAUGGAGGACAUCCUAGUCCAUCCAGGAACUAUGGAGAUGGGACUCACUAUGAUCACAUGGCAAGCAGGGACCUUGGGUCACAUGACAAUCUCUCUCCUCCUUUUGUCAAUUCCAGAAUACAAAGUAAAACUGAAAGGGGGUCAUAUUCAUCAUAUGGAAGAGACUCAAAUUUACAGGGUUGCCACCAGCAAAGUCUCCUUGGAGGUGACAUGGAUAUUGGCAACCCAGGAGCUCUCUCACCCACCAAACCUGGCUCUCAGUACUAUCAGUAUGCUAGCAAUAACCCCCGAAGGAGGCCUCUUCACAGUACUUCUAUGGAAGUACAGACAAAGAAAGUUCGAAAAGUUCCUCCAGGUUUACCAUCAUCAGUUUAUGCCCCGUCAGCAAGCACUGCUGACUACAAUAGGGAUUCACCAGGUUAUCCAUCCUCAAAACCAGCAGCCAGCACUUUUCCUAGCUCCUUCUUCAUGCAAGAUGGUCAUCACAGCAGUGACCCAUGGAGCUCCUCCAGUGGGAUGAAUCAGCCUGGUUAUGGAGGAAUGUUGGGCAAUUCUUCUCAUAUUCCACAGUCUAGCAGCUACUGCAGCCUGCAUCCACAUGACCGUUUGAGCUACCCAUCACACUCCUCAGCAGACAUCAAUUCCAGUCUUCCUCCGAUGUCCACUUUCCACCGUAGUGGUACAAAUCAUUACAAUGCUUCUUCCUGCACGCCACCUGCUAAUGGAACAGACAGUAUAAUGGCAAACAGAGGAAGUGGGGCAGCAGGCAGCUCACAGACUGGUGAUGCACUGGGGAAAGCACUUGCCUCUAUCUAUUCUCCAGAUCACACCAACAACAGCUUUUCAUCAAAUCCUUCAACUCCUGUUGGUUCUCCCCCUUCUCUCUCAGCAGGCACAGCUGUUUGGUCUAGAAAUGGAGGGCAAGCAUCAUCAUCUCCCAAUUAUGAAGGUCCCUUACACUCUUUGCAAAGCCGGAUUGAAGACCGUUUGGAAAGACUGGACGAUGCUAUUCAUGUUCUCCGGAACCACGCAGUGGGGCCUUCAACAGCCAUGCCUGGUAGUCAUAGCGACAUGCAUGGAUUAAUAGGGCCUUCUCACAAUGGAGCAAUGGGAGGUCUUGGGUCAGGAUAUGGGACAGGCCUUCUUUCAGCCAAUAGACAUUCACUAAUGGUUGGAGCUCAUCGUGAAGAUGGCGUCGGUCUGCGUGGCAGCCAUUCGCUUGUGCCAAAUCAGGUUCCAGUUCCACAGCUACCAGUUCAGUCUGCUACUUCCCCUGAUUUAAAUCCACCCCAAGAUCCAUACAGGGGUAUGCCAACUGGACUGCAAGGGCAAAGUGUAUCUUCAGGCAGCUCUGAAAUCAAAUCUGACGACGAAGGAGACGAAAACCUUCAGGACACAAAAUCUUCUGAGGACAAGAAACUAGACGAUGACAAGAAGGAUAUCAAAUCAAUUACUAGGUCAAGAUCUAGCAAUAACGAUGAUGAAGACCUUACACCAGAGCAGAAGGCAGAGCGAGAGAAGGAAAGGAGAAUGGCCAACAAUGCUCGUGAGCGCUUACGCGUACGUGACAUCAAUGAGGCUUUCAAGGAAUUGGGCCGGAUGGUACAACUCCAUCUGAAGAGUGACAAGCCCCAAACCAAACUCCUGAUUCUACACCAGGCAGUGGCUGUCAUCCUCAGCUUAGAACAGCAAGUCAGAGAAAGGAAUCUGAACCCUAAAGCAGCAUGUCUGAAAAGAAGGGAAGAAGAGAAAGUGUCUUCAGAUCCCCCUCCACUUUCCUUGGCAGGACCCCAUCCUGGGAUGGGAGACGCAUCCAAUCAUAUGGGACAGAUGUAAAAAGGUCCAAGUUGCCACAUUUCUUCAUUUAAACAAGAGACCACUUCCUUAACAGCUGUAUUAUCUUAAUCCCACAUAAACACUUCUCCUUAACCCCUUUUUUGUAAUAUAAGACAAGUCUGAGUAGUUAAGAAUCACAGACGCAAGAGAUAUCAGCAUUCCCGAUUAUUAAACAAAAGCAAAAAGUGCAACUUGAGGGACGACUCUCUUUAACAUAUCAUUCAGAAUGUUUAAAGCAGUAUGUUACGAGCUGUAAAUGCACAGCCUAGAGACUGAAUGGCAAUCUUCUCCACACUGUGGGACAAUGCAUUUGUGCCUAAACUUCUUUUGGAAAAAAAAUAUAAUUAAUUUGUAAGUCUGAAAAAAAAAUAUUUAAUUUAAAAUUGUAAACUUGCAAUAAUGAAAAAGUGUACUUCUGAAGAAAAAAAUGAACGUUUCUGUUGGUGUGCUAGACAGCUAGUGUUUAUACUUACUGGAUAGUAAAAGGGAAGCUUUGCUGCCCAGAUAUUUACAAAACCAGCAAACGUCCUAAUGAAAACUGAAGUGAUGACAUUAGCCAUUCCUUAGGGUAGGAGGAACAGAUGGAUCUUAUAGACCUAUGACAAAUAUAUAUAUAUAAAUAUAUAUAUAAAUAUAUAUUAAAAAUUUAGUGAAUAUGGUAAGCUUUUGUUCAUUUGUUUCAGACUUUUUUGCUCCUGUAAAAAAAUAGUACUGAUUAACUUUUUUAAAAAGAAGAUUUUACUGUAAAUAAGGAUUUUUUGGUCUUAUUUCUGUCCCGCUCCCCUGUUCUUGUUAUUAUAACCUGUAGUGCCAGCUCUUCCUCUGGAGGGGUGGUGCAGGCUGAAACGCUGACCCUGACGUUGCUUCUCAUUCGUAAGUAGGUAGAGAGUUGUUUCUCCAGUCUUUUAGGAACACAGGACUUUAAAGUCUCAUCAUGUGUAGAUAUUACAGGCUGCAUUACUGAGACGUGGCAAAAUGAAUUUGUCUGAAUCGUAAUGUUGCUCUUGUUGACCCUAUUCUGGGAUUUUCAGAGGUACAAGGUUAGAAUGCUACAAUGUUACCACUGUGCCUUCCAAUGUUUAUAUCAUCAGAAACAUUACAUAAUCAAAGUGGCUGUGAUUUAACAAACCAGUUAAAGUGUUACCUAUGUGUGUAGCCUAAAUAGUGUGCAGUGAGGCGUUUCUGAAUACAUGGUCAGAUUUUUUGGGGGGUGGGGCAAAACCAUCAAUUGGGAAAAUUGCAAGCAGUGUGACCGAUCUGAUUGACUUCCUUUUUUCAUUCUUUUCUUGUUUUCAAGUGGAUUACUUAAAUGUAGACCACUUGCUGCCUCCUCCUUCAUUUGCAAAAUGCCAAUAUUCAGUCAUCAUGCAACAUUAUAACAAGCCUUAUGAGUCCUAAAGCAUUAAGUUGCACAUUCUUGAGGAGGGGGUAGGUGGGUGGUACAGUAUUUCUCUGGCCAGUAUGAAUGAAGUUUUUACUUAACAUAUUUAAUAGUAACAUAGAUCAAACUAUGGCACAGCAACUCAUCAGACAACUAGCUUUGAAGUCUGGGCACAACUGAACCAACUUCCAUAGUGGAUCUUAUAAUGAUUGACUUUGGUGUACAGUACAAUUAACAGAUAGUGCUCCUAGAUAAGUAUUUGUCAGCAUCCUUUUGUCUCUAAUUCUAGUUUCUAUUUUUACAGCCACACAAACCUGGCAUGUAUUUUAAAUAAAAUCUCCCUGUUCAAGUAGAUUUUCCACCUAUCAGCACUGAGUAAAUGCCAUAAAUCCAUCAAAACGGUCUAAAUGUUCCAUCUGUUCUCCUGUUUUGCCAGUUAUAUAGUAAUGAAAAAUACAUUUGUAAAUUUUAUGCAACAAAUGGCAAGCGUAUCAUUAUUUUGAAAUCGUGUAUGUAAAAGUUAUAUUUUUACAUGUAGACUCUUGUUAUUAUGUGUUUUAAUACAUUGUAUCAGUUUUUUGUUUAAAAACAAUCUGUGUGGUUGAAAAAAGUCUCAUUUAAAUGAAAUAGUGAGAUACAAGAAUCUGAAUUUUAUGUUUGUUUCUGAAAACGUAAAGAACAAAUAUGAUAGUUAACAUGUGAUCACCUACAUACCCAUAAACAUUUUGAUUAGCUGCGUGCGUGUUGAAACCUGUAAAUAUGUUCAGUAGUGGGAAAAUUUUAAAUGCUUUGAUUUGUUGAUAAGUUUCUCAAAUGUGGAGGUGGAUUACGCCAUUAGGUAUACACAAUAGAGCAGCAGGCACAAGGUUUAAUUCAGAAUUACAAAUGAAUAUUAUUUUUAAAAUGUGGACUUUUAACAGGCCUGGUUUAUAUGAAAAUGGGUGUGACAAAGAUUAAUCUCACUCAUUGUUAAUGAUAACUAUGCUUUUGAGUGCUGGAAUAAAUUGCCUAGGGAGGUUGUGGAAUCUCCAUCUCUGGAGAUAUUAAAGAGUAGGUUAGAUAAAUGUCUAUCAGGGAUGGUCUAGACAGUAUUUGAUCCUGCCUGAGGCAGGGGACUGGUCUCAAUGACCUCUCGAGGUCCCUUCCAGUCCUAGAAUCUAUGAAUCUAUCCUUACGGUUUCUCUUUAUCAGUAUCAUAUGCAUUGAUAUUGUCUAUGAUAUGAAGCUUGAAACAACAAUGAACAAACCAUAUUUUUUUGCAGGCAGAUUAUAACCCAGCAGAUCAUAUUCACUUUUAUCUAUACAUGUACACAUCAAGUUUAAGGAAUGAAAAUAGCCCUUUGACUAUUGGAGAAUUUUAAGAGCGUGGUUUCUGAUAACUAUUAUCAGAAAAUGCAUUAUAAAACCAAAUUGAUGUUAACUCUUAAAAAAUCUGAACAAAAAUAAAUGUUUGCCUUUAUUGACAUUUUUAAUAAAACUUGGAAUGGGGGUUUUCUUUGUAUUUUUUGUCUUUACAUUUGUCUCUCACUCAAACUGAGUAGAAGUUUCAGUUUUUAGCCACCAGUUUUGGUGAACUGUAUCACUCAGUAAGGUGGUGAUUUUAUAGCAAACUUCCCGUUUAGGAAUAAAAUAGCCGUUGAAAGGUAAACCCUCAUCCACACUAGGUUUAACUGUGCAGAUGCCUCAAUACCACUCAGAUUCUGGAUAGUCUGAGAUUAAAAAGAAAAAAAAAUGAACAAGCAAGUGUGUAGCAUUUGAAUUUUUUUUUCUUUUCAUGAUUUCCCAUCCUAAGGGAGGAAUUAGUGUCCCACGCUGGAUUUGUCACAGGUAUUUAGCUGAUGACACUAAGAUUGUAGAAGGCUGUGUAUUAUAUGGUAAUAAACCUGGCUUAGAAACCCUGACUAAAGUAGCAGCUUUUUAAUAAAUGAUCCACCUCCACAUUCAAGUAAUUUAUGACUAUGCUGAAUAGGGAAUCUGUUCAUCUAGUACUUUUUAACCAUUUGUCUUUUGUGUAGCUGCAAAGAACACUAACGUUUAUACAACUGUCAGUCCUACCAGUGAUGCAACUUGUACUGAUUCAGUCUUCCGAUUUUGGGAGGGGGGGUGGGAGAGGAUGGGGAGUCAGGGAGAGGAAAGUUUCAUCUUUGUAUCCACCAGGCAGAAUCUGAUCUGUGUCAAGAAGUGAACUUUACAGUAUAUUGCCAGGAAUGAAGAGAUUUUGGCGGAAACAAGCACAAAAAAAUAAAAAUUAGUCCACUGGUUGACUGGGGGGCGGGGGGGAAUAUGAUUAAUUCCAACACAUGGGGCACCAUGGCCUUUUGGGGCCUAUCUUUUUGUUUUGUUUAUGUUUUGUUUGUUUUUUAAAGACAUGUUCUUUCUCAUGGGACUUGAAGUUGAUUCAUAUUUGUGCAGUGCUGGUUUGACCAUACUCAUUUCAAGUAUUAUAGACUUAUGUAAUGGUGAAAAUAUAUGAACUGUGGCCUUUUUCAUUCUUGUUACUUGUGAUGCAAUUAAGUGAAGAUAAGAAAAAAAAACAGCAGAGAUUUACCAUGUAUCAGUGCCUGGCUUUUUGUUAUAAAGCUUCGUUUGUCUAGUGCUCUUUUUGCUAUAAAAUAGACUGUAGUACACCCUAGUAGGAAAAAAACCCCUAAAUUUAAAAAUAAAAAUAUAUUUGGCUUAUUUUUCACAGGAGAAAUCCUUUUAUACCAUGAAUAUUAUGGAAAAAAAUUGUCAGAUUCUGAAUAUUUCUUCUUUGUAGAUUUUUGGAAUCAUUCUGAGUAAAAGUUUGUUACUUUAUUUUACUAUUUAAAAGAUGUUAUUUUACCAUGUGUUACUGAGAUGAAACUGUAUGGUAGCUUUUUUUUUUUAGUUGUAGGUCGCAACAGGGGGAAUUUUGCGACUGUUCACAUAGCUACAGCAGUAAAAACAAAACAACAAAAAAAAUGGGAAAAAAUGAAAAAAAGGGAAAAAGAUUUUUAAAAAAAGAUAAACAGUUACACCUUGUUUUCAAUGUGUGGCUGAGUGCCUCAAUUUUUUCAUGUUUUUGGUGUAUUUCUUAUUUGUAGAAGUGUCCAAACAGGUUGUGUGCUGGAGUUCCUUCAAGAACAUAAAAAAGCAAAACAACAAAAAAAAAAAAACAAAAAAAAAUACACAGCUUGGUGUAGGCCAUUACCUGUUUCUCAUCUGUAGUUAUUCGAUGCCGUCAUGUACAUGACCGUUCUGUAGCAAUAAAUGUGCCAUUUUUAUAAACUGUUUCUGACACUUUUGUUUCAUUUCAUUUUGCAUUAUCCAUACCCAUGGGUGCUGCAGGAAGUGGUAUUAGUGAUCACUAGAUGGCAUUAUUCCCUCUGAGUAAACCAAUGGCGUUAUGCUGCCACUGUGGUGUUGGAGGUAUUAUGUUUCAGAUGAGACAUAAAACGGGUCUGGACCACCUGAUUAUUAAAGCUCCCAUAGAAUUUUGUUUUGGUAAAAGUAAAAGGUGUUCACUUUCACUCAGGUGUCUUUGCCAAAUUCCAUCUUGGAUCAUUUCAAUUUGCUUACUUAGAAUCCCCGGUUAUUUUAAUAGAAAACAGUGUUCCUUAUUUGUGACCUAAAUUGUUGUGUUGUGAUGCUACACUGUAAACUAAUUUCAGUAUUUCCACCCAUAUAUGGCUGCACUUCUGUGUAAUUUUAAAUCUGUUGGUAAUAUUUGUAAAGCACUUCCAGGUCCUCUUGGAUGAAAGUGCUAUAUAAAUGUAAGAUCAUUUUCACUCUCAUUAUCAUAUAGCUCUGAUUCUAUUCUGUAAGUAAAACAUUUGUAUUUCAUCUGAAAACUAUUUCAGCCAUUGAAAGAAUAUUAAGCAUGUUACACCAAGGAAGAAGUGUCAUAAAAAUUGUACUGGGACACAUGGAAACCAAAACCAAAGCAAAAUUCCUAAAGCAGUAUCCCACUGGAAAAAUACAUUGAAUCUGUAAAAUUUGAAGCUAUGCAUUUGAAGAAAUAUAAACUGUACUAGUGCUUUGAUAUGCUGCAGAUUGCCAUGUCCAGUCAGUUUUCACCUUACAAGAUCAGUAUUUCAGCUGUUUGGCAGAACUUUCUCUGCUACAUUUUUGCAUUUAGAGCUGAGUUAAGACCUGAGAUGAAUGAUCAUUAGAAGUUGAAUAUUGUAAACCACAAUCACUAUUUCAUUGUAUUAACAUUUUUACAAAAAUAACUUCUGGUUGGCCCUGUUGCAUCUUAUCAAUCCAGAUGUGUACCACAGUUUUCCAGUUUGUACAUACUACUUGCAUCACCUAUUAUAAAAGGAAAAGUUGUACAGAUUAAAAUGA